AUGGAUAUAUAUCAUUGGAUGAGCAUACCUGAGGUAUAUGACGACGAUGAUGGAAAAAAGAAUUUAAUCAACGAUAAUAAUAAUUCAUUGUCACCUCAACAACAACAACAACAAGAAUACUAUCAAUCAAAUAGUAUUAAUAAUAAUAUUAAUAAUAAUAAUAAUAAUAAUGGAUUAGUUCAUAGAGGUAGUAGUAGUAGUAAUAAUAGAGUUACAAGAGAUGAUUUAGCAAAUUUGAUAUCAAACGAAAAUGUUGAUGGAUUGGAACACCAAUAUGGAGGUGUAAGAGGUGUUGCAGAGAUGUUAAAGAGUAAUGUAGAUCAAGGAUUGACGAGUGCAGAGGCUACUAGUAAAGCUAGAAUCGAUUCGUAUGGUGAGAAUAGAACUGCAGAGGUGGCACCCAAGUCACUGCUCUUUUUUAUCUGGGAGGCUGCUCACGACAAGACAUUGAUCAUUCUGAUGGUUGCUGCCAUCAUCUCUAUCGUACUCGGUUUGACUGUUGAAGAUCGAUCAACUGGUUGGAUCGAUGGCACAGCUAUCCUCUUUGCCGUAGUCAUUGUCGUCAUGGUCACCGCUGGUAAUGACUACAACAAGGAACAAAAGUUUAGAAAACUAAACUCUAUCAGAAACGAACGAAAUGCAUCAGUCAUGCGUGACGGUCGUAUCACCUCUGUUCCAACCACUGAUAUCGUAGUCGGUGAUGUCGUUCAAUUGGAAGCUGGUGAUACUAUCCCAGCUGAUGGUUUCUUUAUUAAUGGUGCUAACUUUGCAGUUGAUGAAAGUUCAAUGACUGGAGAAUCUGAUCAAAAAUCAAAAUCUGAAAAGGAGGAACCAUUUAUGUUGUCUGGAUGUCAAGUGUUGGAGGGAAGAUGCACGUAUCUGGUGGCUGCAGUUGGAGACCAUUCGCAGUGGGGAAAACUCAAGAGUUUGCUGUCGGCGCCAAGCAGCGACACACCACUGACCGAGAAACUAGAGAAUCUUGCACAGCUGAUUGGCAAGUUUGGUCUGGCUGCAGCGAUACUGACGUUUUUGGUACUGAUCAUAAAGUACAUUGUUGUGUUCAAGACGGAGCACCGCGUGUGGGCUUGGAGCGAGUUGGGAACGAUCAUGGGCUACUUGGUGACGGCGAUUGCAAUUAUUGUGCUUGCUGUGCCCGAGGGAUUGCCGUUGGCAGUCACCAUCUCGUUGGCCUACUCGAUGAUCAAGAUGAUGCGAGACAACAACCUGGUGCGUCACUUGGAAGCUUGCGAGACGAUGGGUGGAGCGACAACAAUCUGCUCGGACAAGACUGGCACACUGACAAUGAACCGUAUGUCGGUGGAGCGAUCGACCAUCGGUCGUUACAUUGCAAGUCCAAGCGAGCAUAUUGUCUCUCUUUUAGCCGAGUCGAUCUGUCUCAACUCGACAGCAUACAUUGUCGUACGUGCACCAGUCAACGAGCACAAGGGCAGCAAGACCGAAUGCGCACUACUCGAGUUUAUCAUCAAACUCAACGUCGACUAUGAAACAUACCGUGACCUCAACAAAGCACGUGCAGUCCGUGCAUUCCCAUUCAGUUCAGAAAAGAAAAUGUCAGGUAUCCUCGUUAAAAAGGAUGGAAGCGGUAAUAAUAGUGGAGGAGGAGGAUUGCGUUUCCAUGCCAAAGGAGCAAGUGAAAUUAUGUUGGAAAAGUGUACAGCGUCGAUUGAUGAGGAUGGGUCGUCACGUAACUUUACCCGCGACGAAAAGAUGAUAAUUGCCAAGGAGAUUGAAGUGUAUGCUAGCAACGGACUGCGUACACUCAUUCUCGCCUACAAAGAUGUCAAGGGAGACGCUGCCAAGUUCAAAGAGGAAGACCUCUACAAGGACGGCUUCACCUUUCUCGCACUCGUAGGCAUCAAAGACCCCGUUCGUCCCGAGGUGCCCGCCGCCGUCCUCAAGUGCCAACAUGCAGGCAUUAAAAUCAAGAUGCUUACCGGUGACAAUCUCCUCACGGCCAAAAACAUUGCUCGCGAGUGUGGUAUCCUCAAGGAAGGUGGUGUCGCACUAGAAGGUCCACAAUUUAGACAAUUGACCGACGAACAACUCGACAUUGUCGUACCACACCUCCAAGUCAUGGCUCGGUGCUCUCCCACUGACAAGUAUCGUCUCGUCCACAAACUCCGUCAACUAGGUGAAGUGGUUGCAGUCACUGGUGACGGUGUAAACGAUGCUCCUCAACUCAAAGAAGCCGAUGUUGGAUUUGCUAUGGGUAUCGCAGGUACUGAAGUUGCCAAAGAAGCUAGUGACAUUGUCUUAUUAGAUGAUAACUUUAAUUCAAUUUCAAAAGCUGUUUUAUGGGGUAGAAAUGUAUAUGAUUCAAUUCGUAAAUUUAUUCAAUUCCAAUUAACUGUAAAUAUAGUAGCAGUAGUGAUUGCAUUUGCAGGUGCAUGUACCAGUGGAGAGAGUCCGCUUAGACCAAUUCAAAUGUUGUGGGUUAAUCUGAUUAUGGAUACAUUGGGAGCGUUGGCAUUGGCAACUGAACCACCUACAGAAUCACUGUUUGAUCGUUUACCAUAUGGUCGAUUUGACAAGCUCAUCACUCGACGCAUGUGGAGAAAUAUCAUUGGACAGUCCAUCUAUCAAUUGUCAUUCCUCUUUGCCAUUAUGUAUGGUGCUGCCACUCUCACCACCCUCUUUGAUCUACCACCUCAAGGUCAAUGGUCUCCCAAUGACAAAAUGGUCUAUCACACCAUCAUCUUUAAUACCUUUGUAUUUUGUCAAUUCUUUAAUGAAAUUAAUUGUCGUGUUUUAAAUAAUGACUUUAAUGUAUUUAGAAAUAUUCACAAAAGUUAUUUAUUUGUUGGUAUUUUCAUUGGAACGAUUGGUAUUCAAAUAUUAUUGGUUGAAGUUGGUGGAGAAUUCUUUGGUACACGUCCAUUGGAUAUCUAUCAAUGGUUGUUUUGCGUGAUUAUUGGUACGGGAGGCUUGGUGUGGGGCUUUUGUUUGCGGUGUCUACCCGUCAAGGAUUCUGUACCUGUGCAACAAUCGGUCAAACCCAUCCAUCAAAACGACGUCCCCAUCGACAUUGAUAUAGAGAGUACUCCACUUUUGCGUCCAGAGAGCAAAUGGAAGGCCGCCCAAAACAUUCUUACACAACUCAAUGUCAUAUCAGUUAUUAGAAAUCAACCUCGUCUUAAACGAACCAAAGAACUCUUCCACUCUAGAUCUUCCGAUCAAGAAAGAAGAUCCUUAUUACCAAGAAUGAAAAGUCAAAGCAAUGCUAAACAAUAA